AAAGUGCAACAGCUGACGUUGUAUACAACAUCCAUUAGUUGAGAAAGUUAUGUAGCCUCAAUCAUAAAGUCAUUGGUACAAUGGAAAUAACUCCCUUGAGCAUAAUCUUGGUGAAGAGCGAUAGUAAGGGUGAUAGAAUGCUAUUCCGUUAUCCUCAUUCAACAAAUCAUCAACGAGACUCAAGUCAAUGUUUAAAAAAAAAAAAUCCUUAUUCUAUGAUAAUUGCUGAAGACUCAUUACAAUCAAUACCAUUUCCAAAUUCAACCAAUGACAAUUUGACAGGCUUGUCAGAUGAAGUUUUGUCAACUUUAUUUGCCGUCAAACCAGAAUUAUGUGAACUAAAAUUUGAGUUAAAAGUUAAUGAUGUAAGAUUUGUGGGACAUCCAACUUUGCUCCCAUCAAGGGGUCCCAAAGAAAUAAACUCAUCUAUGUUAUUUAAUGUUGUUUUUGCUUUACCAGCACAAGCUAGUCAAUCUGUUGUUAGAUGUUAUUAUGAUUUGAGUAAAAGAUUAGGAAUAGCACUGAGGCAUGAAGAAAAAAGAUGUAGCUUUUUAACAGAAGAAAUUAAAGUAAUGGUUUCUACGCACGAUGAAGUUGCUGCAAGGUCAGAGGAAGAAAGUGACUCAGAUGAAUCACCAUAUGAAACUAUUUUACAAAAAAGUUCAUUAGCUAGAGAUUUAAAAUGUAUUUUUAACAGUUUAAGUACCAGUGGAAUUAUAAAUAUUAUGAUUAACAAAUGGAUACAAGUUAGUUUUUGCCUUCCUCAGAAAGUACAUCAAACUCAUAAAAAAGGAUUUAUUGUAGACCCAGAGAUUAUCAACCAGUGUUUAGAUAGUCUAAGGCCAUAUCAUGGUCUACUUUUAUUGACUGAACCGAUGGAUCUAAUGGACUCGUUGCCAACAGACCAUUCACCAGCCUUAUGUAGACUAAUUCAAAUGUACAAUCCUUUAAAAAGUUUGCAAACUUUAGCAUUAGAUUCUGACUUAACUCUAGCACAAGUAUUUCAACUUACUGGUCAUUUAGUUUAUUGGGCCAAGGCUACUGUUAUAUAUCCACUGUGUGAAAGUAAUAUUUAUGUAGUUUCACCCGAUGCUGUACUUACGGAUCGAAUGUUGGAAGCUUUUUCUGAACAAUUUCCAGGAAUGUGUUUGUUACAAGUAAUUAGUGAUUUUUCACUACCAACGUCCAUAAGCCAAAAACUCAAUCCUCUCAUUCAACCACAACAGCAAACGCAACUUGUUAAAAUGAUUAUUUGGUUGUUGAAAAAUCACUUGCUGCUACAAUUGCACACUUACGUGCAAUACAUGCCUUCCGUUCAUGGUAGCUCUCCUGUUAAUACGGGCGACGCUAUAGACGGUGCAAGCCCUACCGACGGAUUACCGGACGAUGAAUCCGGAGCGGGUUUGGACGAGAGUACCUGGAGCUUGAACAGCACUCUGAAAGGCACCCCGACCGAAUCGAACACCGAUAUGCCGCAGGAGAAACGCGACGACAUUUAUUCGUAUCAAUCGGACGCGUAUCCGUCGGACGACAUAAUUUUGCUGGAGCGGCUCUGCAGACUGGGAUACUUCAAGGGAGGUCAUCACCUGGAGGAGAUCAUGUAUCUGGAAAAUAUACGUCGCUCGCAAUUGCUGCAGAUAUUGGAUAAAUUCAGGGACGUUCUCAUAACGAGCGAGAGCGAGGAUCCAGCGAUGGCUUUGUUUUACUCUCAACGCGCCGCUCUGUAAAUACGAAAAAGUAUUCGUCGUGUAUAAUAAUGUAAUAAGUUGUAAAUACUUUCACAGAUCGACGCCCAUAAAUCAUUGAUCUUAUAUUUU